GAGAAACCGCUGUCUAUCUACGUCUUCAGUUCACAAAAGGCUGUUUUUAACGAAUGGCGAGAGAAGACCUCCUCAGGCGGGAUAAUGCACAACGACUGUAUCUUGCUGGCCGGAACUCUCGGUGUGCCCUUUGGUGGUGUUGGAAACUCGGGUAUGGGUCGGUAUCAUGGCGAGAGUUCCUUCCUUCUCUUCUCCAAUCCCCGUUCUGUCAUGGACAAAAACACCAACGAAACCGUGAACAACAAACUACGCUACGCACCGUACGACGAUAAAAAGGAGAAGUGGCUUCGACUUGGCAUGCAGGACCCGGACCGCACUUCUUGCAACCUAAUGUGA